AUGGUCUCAAGUGCCUUAUCAUUGUGCGCGGCACUGCUUUUAGCUGCUUUUUCUGCUGUGUCGAAGGCGCAAAUAGGUUAUACUACUAUUUAUGUUAGUUCGUUCAGUCCUUUACCUUAUGUUAAUCCACAUUCUGGAGCUCCGGGUCCUAUUGUAACAGUGGACGGAAUACCUUUUAAUGAUCCGUAUAAUGCAUCUAGGGAUGCUAAGUGUUUGUUGUCCCCAGAACAACAGGCUGCUGUUCUUCUCGAACACAAUUUGUACAGAUCUAUAUUUGUCGAUACUCCUAAUGUGACCUGGAAUGAUGAGUUAGCCCAACGAGCAGCGUGGUGGGUUUGCAGUGGUCGUUGGAAGUCUCAUCCAGACGUUCCACAAUGGGGCUACAUUGUUGGCUCAAACGCAUACUGGGGAAAUGGUCCUCCAGUCGCUGGUGUAACCGCCUGGUUUGAUGAAAUUGGUUUGUAUAAUUACAACGAUCCUUACUCGGUCGAUAGCGAUGAGGCUGGACAUUUUACACAACUUGUCUGGAAAGGUACCACGGAGAUUGGUUGUGCUACACUAGAGUAUGCUCCCUAUAUGUAUGUUUUAGUGUGUCAGUACUUGCCUGCUGGUAAUAUAGUUGGUGAAUACCAUGAAAAUAUCAUGCCUCUGAAACCAGCUUAUAAAGGUGUUAAUCGUGAUCCCGCUACACUUCCCUGGGCAAUCCUAUCUCUAGAAGGACCACCUAGGACUCAACCCGCAGUUACCUUAUCUGUGACAUCAAAUCCUAACCCUGUUUACACAAUACCUCCUGGAGAGUGGUCAGACUUCUUUCCAUCAACAGCCCAGUUUACUUAUUUAAGUGCCACUGACAGUUUAACUACCACUGCAACAACAUCCACCUCAAACAGUAAUGGUUCUGCUAUUGAUGCUACCGACAGAUCAACCAUCACUUCUAAAAAAUUUACCUCAAGCAACAGUCGUGGUUCUACUAUGGAUACUACUGACAGAUCAACCACCACUUCUAAAAAAUCUGCCUCAAUCAGUCAUAGUUCUACUAUAGAUACCACUGACAGUUUAACCAUCACUGCAACAACAUCUACCUCAAGCAACAGUCGUAGUUCUAGUAUCAAUGCUACUGACAAAUCAACUGUCACUUCUAAAAAAUCUACCUCAAUCAGUCAUAGUUCUGCUAUGGAUGCCACUAACAGAUCAACUGCCACUGCAACGACAUCUACUUCAAGCAACAGUAAUGGUUCUGCUAUGGAUGCCACUGGCAGAUCAACCAUUACUUCCAAGAGAUCUACUUCAAGCAACAAUCGUAGUUCUAGUGUCAAUGCUACUGACAGAUCAACCUCCACUUCUAAGAAAUCUAACUCAAGCAACAGUCGUGGUUCUACUAUGAAUACCACUGACAGAUCAACUACCACUUCUAACAAAUCUACCUCAAUCAGUCAUAGUUCUGCUAUGGAUGCUACUCACAGACCAAUCAUCAUUUCUAAGAAAUCUACUUCAAACAGUAAUGGUUCUACUAUUGAUGCUACUGACAGAUCAAUCAUCACUUCCAAGAGAUCUACCUCUAGCAACAGUAAUGGUUCUGCUAUGAAUAAUACUGACAGAUCAACCACUACUUCUAAAAACUCUGCCUCAAUCAGUCAUAGUUCUGCUAUGGAUACUACUGACAGAUCAACCAUCACUUCUAAAAACUCUGCCUCAAUCAGUCAUAGUUCUACUAUUGAUGCUACUGACAGAUCAACCUCCACUUCUAAAAAAUCUACCUCAAUCAGUCAUGGUUCUACUAUGGAUGCUACUGACAGAUCCACUGCUACUUCUAACAAAUCCACCUCAAGCAACAGUCGUGGUUCUACUAUGAAUACCACUGACAGAUCAACUACCACUUCUAACAAAUCUACCUCAAUCAGUCAUAGUUCUACUAUAGAUACCACUGACAGUUUAACCAUCACUGCAACAACAUCUACCUCAAGCAACAGUCGUAGUUCUAGUAUCAAUGCUACUGACAGAUCAACUACCACUUCUAACAAAUCUACCUCAAACAACAGUCAUGGUUCUAGUAUAGAUGCCACUGACAGAUCAAUCAUCACUUCUAAAAAAUCUACCUCAAUCAGUCAUAGUUCUACUAUUGAUGCCACUGACAGAUCAACCACUACUUCUAAGAAAUCUACUUCAAACAGUCAUGCUUCUACUAUGGAUGCUACUAACAGAUCAACCAUCACUUCCAAGAGAUCUACCUCUAGCAACAGUAAUGGUUCUGCUAUGAAUAAUACUGACAGAUCAACCACUACUUCUAACAAAUCUACUUCAAGCAAAAGUAAUGGUUCUAAUAUCAAUGCUACUAAUAGAUCUACCACCACUUCUAACAAAUCUACUUCAAGUAACAGUAAUGGUUCUACUAUGGAUGCUACUGACAGAUCAACCAUCACUUCUAGUAAAUCUACCUCUAGCAAUAGUAAUGGUUCUGCUAUUGAUGCCACUGACAGAUCAACCUCCACUUCUGAAAAAUCUACUUCAAGCAAUAGUAAUGGUUCUGGUAUUGAUGCUACUGACAGUUUAACUACCACUGCAACAACAUCUACUUCAACCAACACUCAUGGUUCUGCUAUUGGUGCCAGUAGUAAGACACAUGCUGCUGGUGAAGCUGCAUCUGCUAAAACAAAUGUUGCUCACUCCGUCACAACCGCUAUUGUUGAGAGCACACGCAUGGUAGAUGUCACUGAAUGUCCAAUUUGCUCACUAUCCACCGCUACCACUUCGUUUUCUUCCCAAAACGGUCAAACUGUCCUACAUGGUGAACCAGUGUUGAGAGUUAGUACAGUUUAUACUACAGACGGUGUUGUUAUCACUACAUACACUCCUUCAUGUCCAGAAAGUGCUAAGACAUGUUCUGUUACAGCUUCUGCUGCUACUGCUACUGCACCUUCAGACGUAAGCAUGGAAUCUGCCCAUUCCAAUGUUGUUCCAUCUGUAGGUGUUGCUACUUCUUCUUCUAAUUCUGCGGAAAGUGUUACAGUUGCAAAAUAUGAAGGUUUGGCAGCUAGUUUGACCUCAGAUGUUCUAUUCAGCGCUAUUUUAAUGGCUCUUAUUCAUUUGAUCUAA